GGCUUGGGGGGACCCCCCGCCCAGGCCCAGAGCUCAGCCUGGCAGCCUCUCUCAGAUCCAGAACGACCAUUUCCUCUCUCAGCCCGGGAGUCCACUCGGGUUACGAGUUCGGGACUGAGAAGUGGGGGUGCGGGGAGGAGACCGCUCUCCUAGUGUCUGCUUGCUCGUCGGUGGGACCUCCUGUACUGGUCGGGGACCCCGGGCCUGGGGUCCUGGGGGCUCCACCUCCGAGGCCCCUGUCGGACCCUCAACUCCUCAGACUUCCACUGCCUGCUGUGAGCCUCGGGGGACCCAAGGCCCGUGGAGGGGAGAGGGCAGGAAUUUGGGGGCUAUUUUGUUCCCGAUCGUAUACCCAGCGCCUAGAACGGAGGCCGCCAUACAGUCCGCCAUGUCGGCGCCCCGCCUGCGCGCGCUGCAGCUGCUGCUCCUGGUGGGCGCGUCGUGGGCGCGGGCGAGCGCCCCGCGCUGCACCUACACCUUCGUGCUGCCGCCACAGAAGUUCACGGGCGCCGUGUGCUGGAGCGGCCCUGCGCCUGCGCAGCCGGCGCCCGAGGCCCUGAACGCCAGCGAGGUGGCGGCGCUGCGCGUGCGCGUGGCCCGCCACGAGGAGGUGCUGCGCGAGCUGCAGCGGCUGGCGGCGGCCGACGGCGCCGUGGCCGGCGAGGUGCGCGCGCUGCGCAAGGAGAGCCGCGGCCUGAGCGCGCGCCUGGGCCAGCUGCGCGCGCAGCUGCAGCACGAGGCGGGCCCGGGGGCGGAGCCGGGGGCGGGCCUGGGGGCGGGCCCGGGGGCGGAGCCCGCCGCCGCCCUGGCGCUGCUGGGCGAGCGCGUGCUCAACGCGUCGGCGGAGGCGCGGCGCGCGGCAGCCCGUUUCCACCAGCUGGACGUCAAGUUCCGCGAGCUGGCGCAGCUGGUCACGCAGCAGAGCGGCCUCAUCGCCCGCCUGGAGCGCCUGUGCCCGGGGGGCGCGGACGGGCAGCAACAGGUCCUGCCACCUCCCCUGGUGCCUGUGGUUCCGGUCAGCCUAGUGGGUGGCACCCAUGACAGCAGCAGGAGAUUGGACCCAGCUCAAGAGCCCCAGAAACAGACCCGGAGAGAGCAGAGGCCAGUGGCCUCUCCAAUGCCUGUAGGACACUCUGCAGCCCCUACCAAGCCAGCAGGCCCGUGGCGGGACUGUGCCGAGGCCCACCAGGCAGGCCAUGGGCAGAGUGGAGUGUACGAGCUGCGGCUGGGUCGGAACGUGGUGUCAGUGUGGUGUGAACAGCAGGUGGACGGUGGAGGCUGGACCGUGAUCCAGCAGCGGCAAGAUGGCUCUGUCAACUUCUUCAUUACUUGGCAGCACUACAAGGUGGGCUUUGGGCGGCCUGAUGGGGAAUACUGGCUGGGCCUGGAGCCCGUGCAUCAGCUGACAAGCCGGGGGGACCACGAGCUGCUGGUGCUCCUGGAAGACUGGGGGGGCCGUGGGGCACGCGCCCACUAUGACAGCUUCUCCCUGGAGCCUGAGAGCGACUACUACCGUCUGCGACUCGGCCAGUACCAUGGAGACGCCGGAGACUCUCUCUCCUGGCACAAUGACAAGCCCUUCAGCACUGUGGACAGGGACCAUGACUCUUAUUCUGGUAACUGUGCACUGUACCAGCGGGGAGGCUGGUGGUACCACGCUUGUGCCCAUUCCAACCUCAACGGCGUGUGGCACCGUGGGGGUCACUACCGCAGCCGCUACCAGGAUGGCGUCUACUGGGCUGAGUUUCGUGGCGGGGCCUACUCUCUCAAAAAAGCCGCCAUGCUGAUCCGGCCCCUGAGGCUGUGACCCUGUGUCCAGAGCUGUCCUGGCCACACCUCCUCGGUGGCUCGCCGUAGCCGCGUCCUGGAGACCCUCCAAUCGUGGAUCUGCUCCCCGGGGCCCUGCAAAACGGGACCUGAGAAAUCCCCCCACCAAUCUCUCGGACCCAAGGCCGUUUUUAUAUCUCAAUUUGAGCUCAUGUUUUAUGACAACACAAAGUGGCCACAGACCGUGUCUGGUUUGCGUCUGUAC